GAAGGAGGGAGGUGGAGCAGCAGCAGCAGCAGGACCGCCCGUGCUCGUCAGCGGGAGGAACGUGAGCACCCACGGCGCACAGCCGUCCGUACCGUAUGCUCGCACGGCGGAUCCGUCUGUUAGAGAGGCGGUGGCGCGUGCUUAUAGCGAGGUUGCUGGUACGUACGCCAGCUCGCUGCAUUUCGGUGGUAGUGCGGCGAGCGAAGGGUCAGAGGAGGUGGCUCAGGAGGUGCGGGGACACGUGGCGGCGGAACGCGACGAACAUGAAAUAGAACAACGCAAAAGACACGUGUCUAAAGAUGGACACGUGGCAGAGGAAGGCAAAGGACACGUGGCAGCAGCUGACUUGAUCACGAGUGACAAGGGAGCGCUGGGCGUGAGUGGGAGGAGCAAGGCGGUGAGGAAACCAAAGGAGCGGGUGGGGCCGGAGGUGGAGGAGUCGAAGCGGCGCAUUCUUGCGGCGUUCCUGAGAGAUAUGGACGGCGCCGACAAACCCGCCGGCCACGCGGCGAGCCCCAUGCAGGUUGGCCGGCCGGGAGAGGAGAGGCCGUCGGGGGAAAUUGGGUGGUCAGGAGAGAUGGAGGGUGGUGGUGGUUCUGCACAAGGGAAGGAGACGGGGGAGGGUGUGGGUGGUGAUGGGAUGAUGCACGGCGGGGGUGCGGGGAGGGGUGUAGUUGACUGUGACCCUUGUGGCAGUGUCGGUGAGCGAUGUAACGGGGACGAGGACGGCGAGCACGAGGGCGGCGAGGAGCACGUGUAUGACGACGAAGAGUAUGAUAGCGGGGAUGAGGAGCACAGUGAUGCGGACGAGGCGGCGGAUAAGAGCGACGCGCCAGUGGAUCUCGAGUCGCUCAUGGCCAUGAGCGGGCGGUCGCACCUCACGGGCAUGGCAGGCGCGCGAGCUGGGAAGACGAACCGGGAGUCCGAACAGGACGAGGCUGCGCUUCAAGCCGAUGCUUCUGGAGAUGCUGUUGCCACUGAUUCUCUCGCUGAAGCUACCUCUGCAGCCAUUCGAACCGAUUCACUCGCCGCGAAGGCGCACAGCGCCAAGGCGGAAGGGCGUGCGGACACGAACGCGCAGGGCGGCGCGCCCCUGUCCGCUCUGCCGUCUCCCGUCCCCCCCGCCGUCUCGUCCUCCCCGUCUGGUUCGUCGAGCGACUCGCUCGCGCACUCCACGCCCGCCGAUUCCAUCGCCAUGAUCAAUUCGAGCUCGUCCGGCGACGAUUCCGGCGACUCCCCCACCAGCGACACUCGCACGAGCGAUUCCCGCUCCAGCGUCAUUCCCGCCGUAGGCAGCACCCGCCGCCUGGAUCCCGCUGAGCUGGCGGAAAGCGAUUCCGCCGCUGCGGACGGUGGGGCGAUGGGCGGGGGAAUGUAUUCGGGGGGCGCAGGGGAAGUGGGGGAAGCGGACGGCGCGGAGAGGGGCUUGGGGGGAGAUGAGCUGGAUUCUGGGAAGCUGGAUGUUGAUGUGAGCGGUGCUGACGUGGCGGAUCCUGCGGAGAUUGCGGAAAGUCAUGACGAGGGUGGCAGCGGGAGAAGGAGCAGGAAGCGGUGGGGCGAUUACGUCCCCGUGGGGAAUGAGGGAGGGGGGCGCACGCUGUGGGGCGGGGGUGGCGCGGCGGAAGGAACGGAGAUGGAGGGGAGUGCGGGCGGGGGAAGCUUGCGCUUGAGAUGGCUGGUACUGGAGGAGGAAGAGGGAGAGGAGGGGGAGGAGGAGGAGGAGGAAGAGGAGGAGGAGGAGAAGGGAGAGGAGGAAUGGGGAGGCGAGGAGGAUGAGGGGGGCGAUACGAAAGAGAUGUGCGGCCAGGAAGCGGAUGGGAGUGAUGAGGGAAGGGAGUUGGAAGGGGAGUUUGAACUGCAUGCAUCCCUGCUCCAUGCUCCCACCGCCUUGCCUGCCCCCUCCACACCUCCGCCCUCCGUUCUCUCGCCGUCCGUCCCCUCGCCCUCGCCGGCCCUCUCACACGAAACCCUGCAAGAAACGCCCCAACCCACUCCGCAGCACCACGCACUACCGGAAUCUCCCCAGUUUGUCAUGCAACAGCCAAACGAUGCCGCCUCAUUCAGGCAGACGGGCGGGCAGCAGCAGGGCGGCAUGGUGAUGGCGGAGUGGGCGCAGCAGCACGAGUAUCACCAACUACAGCCGCCCAUGCAGCUGCCCGCCGUGCCCUCUCUGCACAGUAACCUCUCCUCCAUCAAGCGCCGCCUAUCUCCGCGCGUUCGCAAGCCCACGCGUUUCCUCACCGCCUCCCGCCCCCUCACUCCUCCGCCUUCUAACAGUGGUGCCGCUGCUGCUGCUGCUGCUCCUGCUGCUCCAGUUGCUGGAGCUGGCGCUGGUUUGUGCAUCGCUGCUGGUGCUCCAUUUGCUGUUGUUGCUGCAGGUGCUUCUUCUGCCGGUGCUGCUCUUGGCCACCCUCCUUUUUCUGCUGCUGCUGCUGCCAAUGCAGGUGGUGGUGGUGGUGGUGGGGGAGUCAUGUCAGACUGCAACAGGGCUGUUGAGGAUAAAAUCCAACACACUAUGUCACUGGCACCACCAACAGCGCAGCUCAUUGGGUCAUCAUCGCCGUCUGCCCCACAAGCCGCCACCACAGCUCUCUCAAACUCCAUCACUCGCUCACCCGCGUGCUCCAGCCAAGAGACGGCGCCUGCCAGCGCCACCCAUGUGAUCGAUCUCGAGGAGUGCUGCCAGUCAGGUGAAUCACGGCCGUCGGAUGAAUCCGGGCCGUCGACUGACUCGAUGUGGUCAGCUGAAUCCAGAGCGUCAGCUGGAUCUGAAUUGUCAGCUGAAUCUAGGCCGUCAGCUGAAGAUGAAACUUUCGUUAAAACUGAUCCUUCAAUCAAAACUACGGCGUCAGCUGAAUCUCGCCCGUCAGCCGAAUCUGGACCGGCAGUGAAAUCUGGGCCGUCAGAGGAGGUACCAGCGACCGAGAGGAAUGUGAUGGACGGAGGAGAUAGCAGUCUCUCGGGUGCUGCUGGUGUGGCUGCACACAAACGUGACUAUAACGAGCGGUACAGUGCUACGGUGGCCGGUGCAGAGAGCAGGAGCGAUGGUGAGAGCAGUGAGCGAGUGCUGAGCAAGGGGUUUGGGAUAGAGGAUGUGGAUGGGGAGGAAGGAACGCUCGACCGGGAGUGGCUCGACGCAGUGGGCGUUAGAGAGACAGGUGGGAGCAGUGAAGGGGAGAGGAGCAAGGGGUGUGAGAUGGCAGGGAGGGAGAGGGAAGAGGGAAAGUUCGACCGUGCAUGGCUCGACGCAUUGGGGUUUAGCGAGACAGGUGGAGGGAGGGCUGGAGAGUGGGAAGAGGGAAGGCAGGAGGGAGGGGAGGAGAGGGAAAAGGAGGAAUGGAUGGAGGUAGAAGAGGAGGGAGGGGAGGAGAGGGAAAAGGAGGAAUGGAUGGAGGUAGAAGAGGAGGAAGGGGAGCUUUUCUCUGUAUAUGGCAGUGGUACGAGGCAGCACCCCUCCAAUGAGGAGGAUAGGAAUGGGAAUGAGGAUGGGAAUGAGGAUGGGAAUGGGGAUGCGGAUGGGAAUGGGGAUGGGAAUGGGAAUGGGGAUGGGGAUGGGGACAGAAGCGAGGAUGGGCAUGAGGAUGAGAACGAGGAAGAGAACGAGGAUGAGAACGAGGAAGAGAACGAGGAUGAGAACGAGGAAGAGAACGAGGAUGAGAACGAGGAAGAGAACGAGGAAGAGAACGAGGAAGAGAACGAGGAUGAGAGUAAGGAUGAGGCGGAGCGUGUGUUUAUUGAGAUGGUGGGAGGGGAGGGAGUGGCGGCUGGACGAGAAUGGGACAGGGCGAAGGGAGCGGGGGAGAGGGAGGAGGAGAGUGGAAGCGAUGAUGUUAGCGCUGGUGCGCGUGGCACUGCGUUCUCUUCUCAGCCACUCGCAAUUCCCCCCCACGCGCUCCACUCAACGCCAGCUGCCAUUUCCUCCUUCUGCACGUCCCUCCUCUCCCCUCCGCGCCCUCUCCCCUCCGCCGUCCCUAGCCGUGGCGCGGGAGGGAAACCAACAGCAGCUGGAGCAGCAGAUGAGGCUACGUCUGCUGGAGCUGCAGCUGGCAAGAGCAGAAAGGCGGAGGUUGAGGAGAGGCAGGAGGAGGUUGAGCAGGCGGCUGGUGGGAGAGACUGCGAGACCUGGCCGCAGGAAGGCGUUGCCUUUGCUCCUGGUGGCCAGGGCGGGUGCUCUGGGGAAAGGUUGACAGCGAGCUGUGCGAGUAGCGGAGGCGAGGAUGGUGGGAGAGAGGGCGUUGAAGAUGAGGGUGCAGAGGGGAGCGAGGUGAGCAGCGGUGCAGAGGGGUGGAAGUUGGAAGCAGGCGGGGAUGAGAAGGGGGAGAGACGCGAGAGGGAGGAGAGUGGAAGUUCUAAGAGUGAGGAGAGACAAAUUGGGGAAGAGGAGGGUAAAGCAUCAGAAUGUGAAGACGAUGCACUAGGCAUGGAUGGAAGCGCAGAUGAGAAGGGAGUGACUGCAUUCGAGGAAGAAGAGGCAAAAGACAAGGAGGAUGUUGAGGGGGUGAAGGAUGAGGAGGAGGAGGAAGUGAGAAGCGGAGGUGCAAGCGGGGACGAGCCAGCGAGUUCGGACGAGGUGACAGAGGAGUGCGAGGGCGCGCAGGAGGAGUGCUCCAGCGACGCAGAGGCAGCGCGUGAGGUUGCGCUGCAGGGUUCACAGGAGUCCAGUGAGGGAGUCGAAGAAGCAUCUGCGGAGGCAGCAGCAGCAGCAGCGCGCGCAUGGGGAGCCGCCUUUGGGGUUGACCUCGCAAGUCAGGAGCACGAGGAAUGGAAGGGGAGGAGGCAGGGAGAGGACGUGUUUGAGGAGAUUAGCGCCUGGGGUACUGCCUCUGGGGUUGUGGGCUUUGCCUCCCCCUCCUCCUUCCCCAUCCGUCCUCCUUCCCCCAACGACCCCACUCGCCCGGCCGCUCCUGGCCCCUACUCCUCCCACCCCUCCUCCCCCACUGCUUUCUCCGCCCAUCAUAGCCGCCCAUCUUCCCCCAGCUCCGCCCAUCACAGCCGCCCGUCUUCCCCCACCUCCGCGCAUGCCAGCCGCCCGUCGUCCCCCACCAUUCCCCUGCCCGACCGCCCAUGGCUGAAAAGCUCUCUCCGCCGCAGCCUAGAGCGCGCCCAAGCCGCCCAGCUUGCAGCCGCCGCCCUGGCAGCCGUUGAGAGGGCGGAUGCUGGUCCGGCGGGGGAAGGGGCGGAGGGUGUGGCUGUGGGGGAGGGGGUGGAUGGAGAUGGAAUGGGGAGCGCGGAUGGCAUGGGUAUUAGAAGUCGUGGGGAAGGAGGAGUGGAUGUGGAGAGGCGAGAGCAGGAGGAGAAGCAGGAGAAGCAGGGGGAGGAGAAUCAAGAGGAGGAAAAGCAGGAGGACAAGCAGGAGAAUGAUAAGCAGGGGGGAGAGGGAAAAAACGAUGUGGGAAACGCGAUGCGUACCACUGGCGUGGCAGCAGGUGGCAGCGUGGCAGGGCAGCACUGGCAUGUGAGCAGUGUGGUCGGGACCGCGAUGGGGAGUAGAGGAGCGCGUGUGGAGGGCAGGGACAGCCGUGUCAACAGCAGGGCCAACCACGUGGAGAACAAACCCGCCCACGUGGGUGCUCAGUCUCACCCUCACACUGCCCUGCAGCGCACCCCUCCCACUCCCCCAGGUGCCCCUGCAGGUGCCCCCCCAGGUGCUCCCGCAAGGGGCCCAUCAGGUAGCCCCACAGGCAUAGCCAAUGUGCACGCUGCACAGGCGCACCCAGGUGUGAGGGAGAGGCAGAGCCCACUUGCUGCGCCGGUUCCUGCCAUGCCUCGUCUGCCAUUCAAGCUCUCCACGAGAAAGGGAUUGGGCUCUGCUGCUCAGAAUGCCACACCUCCUGCUGUUGCUGCUGCUGCCGCUGCUCCUCCUGCUGCCUCUGCUGCUCCUCCUGCUGCCCCUGCUGCUGCUGCUGCUACCCCUCGUGCUCCUGCUGCUGUUCCGGUGGCACAGCAGAAGGCACAGCGCGGCACCACAGGCAUGGGUGGUACCGCAAGGGCAGUGGGAAGGACAUGUGCAGUGACAGGAGCAGCAACGAGGAGAAGUGUGAGCGGGACAAAGGGUGGGGUAGGAACGGGAGGUAUGGUGGAGAUGGGAGAUGGCGUGGGAGCAGGAGGAGGGGGCGUGCAGGGGGGGGCAGCGGGGGAGGUGGAGGAGAGCUGUGGCUCGUGCAGCAUGGCGGUGAGCAACAGUGUGAGGCACAGCCCGGGGGCGAGGCCCCACCCCAGUGCGAGGAAGCCUGACAGUGUGGCACAGAAGAGCCCAGCAGCAGGGCAGAGAAUGGGGUGGAAGAGGCAAGAAGGUAAGGCCACGGCAGUGGGAAGGCAGUCUGUAGCUGCAUCCGCUGCAAAGCGUGGUGGUUCUGCUUCAGCUUCUGCGUCUGCCUCUGCUGCCGCCUCUGCUUCGGCCUCUGCAGUAGCAGCAGCUGCUGCCGGUGCUGGAGGUGUGAAGCGAGUGUCAACUGUCGGAGCGAAGGGAGUUGGAGGGGUAGUAGCAGCCGGGGGAGCAGUGGCGGGGCAGUCUAAUGGAGCGGAAUCGGCUGUGGGAGGGUCGGAGACUGGCGAGGAAUGGAGCAGCUCCGGUAGCAGCUUCGGGAAGGGAGGGGCGGGCGGAGCGGGAGGAAGAGGAGUGGGUGCAGCAGGGAGCAAGCAGGCGGCUCCAGGACAGCAGCAGCAGCAGGUGUCAGUGUCUGCCUCGCACCAGUCACAGCACUCCCCAAUGGUGCAGCAUCAACAGUUUCUGCAGACUCUGGCGUUUGGGCCAGAGUGGGUGGCGAAGAGGCGGGAAAGGGAGGAGCAGAUGCAGCAACAGAAGCUUGCAGCAGAUAGCAAGGGGCAGGCGGCAGGGGGGGGUGGCAGUGGCGUGCAUCAGCCGUUCAGCCGGCCGUUGUUUGGCGAGAGGAAUGUGAGCCCGCUGAGAAUGGCAGCGCCGGUGGCUCAAGGUGAUGCCAGGACACAUGCACAGCAGCAGCAGCAGCAGCAGGGGGUGGGUUCUGCAGGGAAAUUUGAGAGAAAUUUGUUUCAUCAGACAAACCCCAAUAGCUUCCCUGCACCUUCUCCUUCUGCUGCUCCUCCUCCUCUUACUGCUGCUGCUGCUGCUACUGCCUCCAGAUACUCCUCUGGGUCUGCUGACGCAUCACCCCGCCAUCCGCCCCCCUCCAACCCCUUCCUCCACUCACUCGCCCCCAGCAGCGCUGCCACCAGCACCUCCACCCCGCCUCUCUCCCCACGCGCACCUCCAGGCACCUCUGCCAACCCUGCUCUCCCUCCUCCCAGGUCCAACCCCACGUCUCCCCGUGUCUCAGCUGUGGGUGCUGCUGCCGCGUCUCUCUCCCCGCCGCCCUCCCCGCGCUCCUUCCACGUGCUGCAGUUCGCCAUGGGGGGCUCUCCCAAUGCCAGCCCCAUGCACCCCCUGGCGUCCUCGCUCUCUGGUGCUGCUCGCAGCCCCACUGUGGGACCCUCUCCCGCUGCACCCCGCAGCCCCACUGUGGGCCCCUCCUGUCUUGCGCCGCGCAGCCCUGCCCAUCCGUCUACCCUGCCUCAUGCCUCCCCUGGCCCUGCACACCCUACGCACCCCACUGCACCGUUUCAUACUCCUGUGAGUCCGAGGCAUGGUGGCAUGGCUCCAUGUCCGCCCACCCCUCAACAUCCGACACAACAAGCGGUGAUGCAUGGGGGAUUGCAUCCAUUUCAUUCUUCCAGUAUGCAUGGUGGUGUGUCGCUUUCUCCUUCCACACCUCCCCACCCGACACAACAAGGAACGGCGCACGCAAUGCGUGGCAGCACGAACCAAACUGCUGUGACAGGCAAUCUGCAGCAGCCUGGUUACCACGCACAGCAGUACGUGCAGCCAGUGCCACUUCACCAGCAGCAACAGCAGCAACUGCAGCAGCAGCAGCAGCAGCAGCAGCAGAGCCCAUACCGCAAUCGGCCAUGGCUCCAGCAGGAGAAUCGGCAGCCAUUCAUUGCAGGGCCCAGCCCCAGCCCACCCCGAUCGCCCUCACCCCACGCCACUGCUGCCAUGCCCUUUGUCUCGGGACCCAACCGCAGCCCUGCACGCACCCCUCCUGCCUAUCACACUCCACCACCAGCAGGAGCAGCACCAUUCGUCCCUGCUGCCUACCACACUCCUCAAGCACCAGCAGGGUCGCUCGCCCCUGCCCCUGCUGGCUACAUUGGCAGCCCAAAUCGCUGCGUUUCCCCCGUCCCCUUCUGUCCCUUGGGCAGCCCAAGGCAUGCUGCUCCAAUGUCCCCCAAUGCUGCUGGCUCUGCCAGCCCUGCCGGCGUCGGCACGCCUGACAAAGCCAGCACUUCGUCGCGCUAUGCCUCCCCGCUGCCGGCUCGAGGGCCGGUGGGGAGCAUGUUCUUUGCAGGGCCCAGUAGAGGCAGCGCUGCUGCUAUGGUUGCACGGAGGAAGCUGGAGGCCAAGGCUGCUGCAGCUGCUGCUAGUGCCGCUGCUGCUGCUGCUGCUGGUUGUGGUGGUGGUGCUGCUGGUGCGGCUGGUGCUGCUGCUGGUGGUUCUGGUGGUGCACAGGGGAGUGAUGCGGUGGGACAAGGGUCAGGAGCAGGGGUUGCAGUAGUGAGGGGAGGAGUGGGAGUUGUGGGUGGCCCAGGGGCAGGAGGACCAGCAGGGAGUGUGGGAGGGAGUCAGGGAGGUGGUAAGGCAGUAGCAGCACAGGUGGGGGUUGGAGGAGUGCUGACGUCGUCAUCUGCCAUGAAUGCACGACAGGGAUUUGUUGGAGGUCCAACUGCUCCAGCAGGUGUAGCUGGUACUGGUGCAGUGCCAUGCAUGGGCCCUUCUCCUGUCAGCGGUACAGCAGUGAAGGCACAGCAGGCCCCUAAGUUUGGUGGUCUCCCCGUCUCGCUCAAAUCAAGGCCAGUGACUCGCUCAAACCAAGGUCACUACGUCAGUGACUCGCUCAAACCAAGCUCUGCCGUGAGCCUCUACCAUGCGAAGACCCCGGAUCAUCGCUUCAUGGGGAAAAUUCCUCUCGGGGUUCGCCGCACGCCGCUGCGAAUCGUCGUUACUGGCGGGGCGGGGUUUGUGGGCAGUCACCUGGUGGACCGGCUGAUGGAGCGCGGCGACCACGUGAUCGUGGUGGACAACUUCUUCACGGGGCGCAAGGAGAACGUGCAGCACCACUUCGGCAACCCGCGCUUCGAGCUCAUCCGGCAUGACGUGGUGGAAGGACUCCUGCUCGAGGUCGACCAGAUCUACCAUCUCGCGUGCCCCGCCUCGCCCGUUCACUAUAAGCAUAAUCCCAUUAAGACGAUUAAGACGAAUGUGGCGGGGACGAUGAAUAUGCUGGGGCUGGCGAAGCGAGUGGGGGCGCGGUUCCUGUUGACGAGCACGAGCGAGGUGUAUGGAGAUCCGCUGGAGCACCCGCAGACGGAGGAAUACUGGGGCAACGUCAACCCCAUCGGGGUGCGCAGCUGUUACGAUGAGGGCAAGCGGGUGGCAGAGACUCUGACGAUGGACUACCACCGGGGUGCGGGCGUGGACGUGCGCAUUGCGCGCAUCUUCAACACGUAUGGCCCGCGCAUGUGCAUCGACGACGGGCGCGUUGUCAGCAACUUCGUGGCUCAGGCGCUGCGCAAGGAGGCGAUGACAGUGUAUGGCGAUGGCAAGCAGACGCGCUCCUUCCAGUACAUAGACGACCUGGUGGAGGGACUCAUGCGCCUCAUGGAUGGGGAGCACGUGGGGCCCUUCAACCUCGGGAACCCCGGCGAAUUCACCAUGCUUGAACUGGCCGAGGUGGUGAGGGAGGUGAUAGACAAGACAGCCAGCAUAGCCUUUCAGGAGAACACAGCAGACGAUCCGCACAAGCGCAAGCCCGACAUCACACGCGCCAAGGAGCUGCUGGGGUGGGAGCCCAAGGUGGCGCUGCGCCAGGGCCUGCCCCUCAUGGUCGAGGAUUUCCGGCGCCGGCUGUUUGGAGACGUGAAGGAGAGCCGGCAGAGCAUUGCUGCUCAGGAGGAGGCGAAAUGA